AUGAAGAAAAUUUUCCCUGAGGAAAUGUCAUUUGCAGUGAGUACUAAGAAUGAGCUAAAACUGGCCACAAGUUCUGAAAAUGGUCACCCUCUGUCCUUGAAAUCCUUGCCUUCUUGUGAAAUUCCCUUUGUACUUUCCUUAGGUGGUGUUUUAGCUUACUUGGAAAGACUAGAGACUGGAAGGAACAGAUCUCAUAAACAAUUUGAAGGGCUACAGAGAGCACAGGCAGAGGAACAUACUCUUGAGACCAGGAUUCAUAAACUGAGACUUCUACGCGAUAAGCUGAGGGCUGAAGUGAAGCAACGGCAAGCCAGGGUUGAAGCAUCUGCUGCCAGUGCAGUACCUGACCAAACAUUGGAGACAAGUGAGCAGAAAGAUUUAGAGGCAAAACAGGAAAGUGUGAAAGCCAUUCUCCAGGCAUAUCGGUUUACAGGGCUCAGUGGUAAACUGACCAGCCAAGGAGUCUGUGUCGGCAUUCACACUUCUUUUGAGGGCAACUUACUGGAUUCCUAUUUUGUGGACCUUGUCAUACAGAAACCACUUCGGAUACAUCACCAUUCAGUUCCAGUCUUCAUUCCUCUAGAAGAGAUAGCUGCAAAAUACUUACAGACUGAUAUUCAGUGCUUCCUGUUCAGUCUCUGCGAGUACUUAAAUGCUUACACUGGGAGAAAGUACCAGGCGGAUCGACUUCAGAGUGACUUUGCAGCCUUUCUGGCUGGGCCCUUGCAGAGAAAUGCGCUGUGCAACCUGCUGUCAUUUACUUACAAAGUGGAGCCAGGCGGCCAGUCUUUCCCAUUUUGUGCUAGACUGUUGUAUAAAGACCUCACAAUAACUCUACCAACUGAUGUCACUGUUACCUGUCAAGGAAUGGAUGCAUUAGCUACUUCAUGGGAGGAACAGCGAGUCUACCAUGAAAAUAUGUUUCGUACAACAUCACUACAUAAAGUGUUCACUUCGUUUUCAAGAGGAGAAAAAUUGGAUAUGAGCCUACUCUCCUGA